AUGCGAUUGCGUCAGUACAAGCACAAGACGCGCGAGGCUGUCGAGGCGGAGAUUGAGGCUGAGUAUGCGAAGCUGAAGGAGGCCGUGCAGGAGCUUUUGAAUAGGAAGAAUGUGCAUCUGCCGGAGGAAGAUGAUUCUGAGCCGAUGGAUCCGAAGGUUGCACCUCCUCCGCAGCCUCCAGAGCCGCAUCAAAGCAGCAGCAGCAGCGCAGCUGCCUCUGCUAAGACCUCUGCAGCUGCAGAUGCAUCCGCAGGAGCGGCUUUCCACAGACUUCGGAAGCUAGAUCCUGAAGCAAUUGCAGCUGCUGCAGAAAAUUCGAUCUACCGCAUUGCGCCUGACGGCACUGAUCGGCGAACAUACAUUGACGAAGAUUACAGGCCGAGCAGACGCGAACUAGAACGUUUACAGAGUGCUGGACGGAGGGAGGCAGAGUACGAAAGGGAGUUCACAAGACGAGAAGCCUCCUGGAAAAUCCAAGAACAAAAUUUGGCGGUUGACAGAGAAAAGGAGUUGGUUGGCGAAUUGGAAUUAAGUUCGGAAGACAAGAGGAAGCUCAUCGAGCAAGACUUGCGGGGCGAGUGGUGGGAGGGGUUGGAAGAUCCGAGCAUCCGCCUCGAGAGACGGCGUCGCAGGAGGGCGGAAGCCGAGGAUGACGCAAACGACGUCGCAGCAGAGCAGCAGGAGCUGGCAGUUUUGCAGGGGGGGGGGGGCAAGAAGGGUUCUCGUGUGUUAAGCGGCGUUGACAGCGAGCAGGAGAACCAUCAGGAGUACCUGGAGUCACGCAGCAGGAGAGAUUCGGAGAGAGAAAAACACAAAUUGAGCGGCAGCGGCAGCGGCAGCAGCCGAGACGAUGGUUCGAGAAGAGACAAGGCAAAAAGCGCAGACCCUCAGGAGUCUUCAAAGAGCAGCAGCAGUAGCAGCAGCAGCAGCAGCAGCAGCAGGAAGUCUGCGAAGGAGCUUCGCAAGUUCUUUGAAGAUGAAGAGGACGCGCUUGAGGAGGGCAGAAAGCACAAGCCGUUGACGAAGCUGGACGACCACAGAGAUGUUGUCAACAAAGUCAACAAGGUGAAGGAGACAAUGCAGGUUAUUGAGCAUUCGAAGAAAAUUCUUGCCAUGGUGCCAAGUGAGAAGGCGGAGCUGUUCGCCUACAAGAUUGACUGGACGCUCCUCAAUCAGGCGAAUGUUUUCGAGAAGAAGUUGCGACCUUGGGUGCGCAAGAAGGUGAUCGAGUUCAUGGGGGCUGAAGAGUCUUUGGUGCAGGAGGUGAUUGAUUAUAUUUUGAACAGAGUUGCUGAGAAGCCCAAUCCGAAGGAGCUUUUAGAGGAGCUGAGCCGAUUUUUGGAUGACGAGGCGGAGGGUUUCUUGAAGCAUCUCUGGCGGCUCCUCAUCUUUGAGCAGCUCAAAGUUCAGAAGGAAGCCUAA